AUGGUUGAUUCUGCACAGCAAAAGACGCUGGCGGCGUUCAAAAAAGAGGUCCAGGUGAUUGUGGACGACGUUGAGUACGACGAGCUGUUUGGGUAUCAACUGAGCAGAGGCGAGUUUUUCGAUGAAGAGGCUUAUGAGCAGCUGCUCAUUAAGCUUCUGACAGCGUACGACUGGGACCUCCAGGCUGCCGAAGACAGUCUGGAGAAGAUUCUGGAGUGGCGCAAGGAGUUUGACCCUUUGAGUGCUGCUUUUGUGGAGGACCAUGGGUCGAAAUACGACGACAUCGGAUUCAUCACGUACGACCCGAAUGGCAAGGCGUUGGAGAAGGUGGUGACAUGGAAUCUGUACGGCAAGGUGAAGAACGCCAAGGAGAUCUUUGGCACUGACGAAUCGGACACUGCGGGCCAAAACGCGUUCCUGCGAUGGAGGGUAGGCUUGAUGGAGCAAAGCGUGCAGCUCUUGGACUUCACAAGCCGCGAAAACGACUACAUGGUGCAAGUGCACGAUUACAAGGGAGUCUCGCUUUUCCAGAGAGAUGCGCAGGUGAAGAAGACCACCAAGAAGGUCAUUGAGGUGUUCAGAGACUUCUAUCCCGAGCUAUUGUCCAAGAAGUUCUUUGUGAACGUUCCAACGCUGAUGAUGUGGGUUUUCAACGUGAUCAAGCCUUUUGUGGCCGAGAAGACGCGCAACAAGUUUGUUGUGCUGAGCAAUGGCGCCGACCUAGCGAAACACUUGGACCCGAAAAUGUUGGGGGCAGAGUACGGCGGCCAGGUCAGCAAGGGCACCCAGAGCCUCAAGUUUCUGUUCAAAGAGAGCAAGACCAAGUACACUCCCUACACGGCGCAUCUCGUUGGUCGGCGGAUUGCGUCAGAAAUUGACUAG